AUGGCUUAUAGGGCCAAAACAUAUGCAUCAGACAAAGUGGCAGGUUCCUUCACUGAGCAAUAUACAAGAAUAUUUGAUUAUGCAAAUGAGUUAUUAGCAAGAAACCCUGGGUCUACAAUUAAAGUAAAAGUUGAGCCUUAUGAUGGGAAUGAUGGGAAAAUAAUAUUCCAGAGGUUUUACGCAUGCCUUAAAGCAUGCAAAAAUAGCUUUCUUUCAUGCAGGCCAAUCAUUGGUCUUGAUGGAGCCUUCUUGAAAGGCAGACAUCAUGGUGAGCUAUUAACUGCUGUGGCACGAGAUGCAAAUGACCAAAUGUUGCCACUGGNGUAUGCAAUUGUUGAAGUUGAAAACAAGGACACGUGGACAUGGUUUNUGGAGCUAUUGAUUGCAGACUUAGGUGGUCCAGAUGUGUGUUCUGGACUAACUAUCAUGUCAGAUCAACAAAAGGAAAAAAUUCCCGGAAAAAACUUGAAGAGGCUCAUGUGGAGGGCAGCUACAGCAACCCAUCCACAACACUGGGAGACUGAGAUAAGACAUAUAAAAGAGGUUAAUGAAGAUGCUUUUAAACAUUUGAUGUCCAUUCCUCCAAGGUUUUGGUCAAAAUCAAGGUUCACAACCACAGCUCAAAGUGAUACCUUGGUAAAUAACAUGUCAGAAGCUUUUAAUAGCGUUCUGGUAAAUACAAGGACCAAACCAAUUAUUACACUGUUGGAGGACAUCAGAUUGUACAUGAUGAAGAGAUGGGCAGCUAAUAGGUCAAGGGUGUCCUCUUUUAAAUCAGCAAAUUGUCCUAAAAUUCUGAGUAGAUUACGGAAGGAGGCACUACAAACAAAGAAUUGGGUUCCCAACUGGUCUGCACACAAACUUUUUGAGAUCAGACAUGUGUCCCAAAGUGGGGACAACUUUGUGGUGGAUAUAGAUAAAUAUACAUGUUCCUGCAGGAAGUGGAGCAUCAGUGGAAUUCCAUGUGUGCAUGCAUUGACAACAAUGAAGUUUCUGAACCUAACUACAGGGGACUAUCUACCUGUAUGGUUUAAAAGGUCCACCUAUGAAGAGAUGUAUUCCUCCAUUAUAUACCCCAAUAAUGGAAAACACCUAUGGGAGGUCACUCAAUGUCCAGAUGUCUUGCCUCCACCAAAAAGACAGCUGCCUGGUCGUCCUAAGAAGAAAAGGAGAGCAAUGGGAGUUGAAGAAAAGUUCUACCAAGAUGUCUAA